CUUGUCUGGCAGUAAACAAGCCGAAGAAGACGACGCAGCUGUAAAACAUGACGGUCGAAUAGGAACAGGCGCUUCUGGGGGGGAAAAAAUGGUUUUUAUAGUUUGUAAUCUCCUCAGCAAACGUUAAUCUGUCGCAAAAGGAGCUGCAGUACAUAGCAGAGGAGGAGACCAUCUGGCGGUCGAGGAAGUGACAUUUGACAACCCCACGCACUUGCUUCCUGUUUGUCGGUGAGGUAGUGAAAUGUCUGGGAGAGCUACUAUGCUACAAACAUAGCAAAGAGGAAAAGAACAUCGAAGUGGAACAAAAGUAGAGCCCGUUCUGUUCGUGUCUCGUCUAAAUGCGUCCCUUGACACUAUGUCACUAAGUUCGGGCGGUUGGACCGCCGGUGUCGUGACGGAACAGCGCGCGCCUCCUCCGCCUGUCGAGUAUGGAGCGUCGCACCCACAACCCAACUGUCAAACCGUCCUCAUGUCGGUUCGGGUGUCAUUGUGCCAUUCUGCUAUUCGACCGCUGCGUCUUCCGGGAGUAGGCGGCGAAUCCCUUCGCCUGCAGCUCUGUAUGGACCCGGAGAAGUCCGGGGAAUUCCGUCUGUCGCUCCAAGAGUGCAGCGGGAAUGGUCGCAGCGUGACUAUCGCAGAGUAUAAUUUGACGUCUGUGAACUAUCGUGUAAAAGCGGCAACAUGUCACGAGCUGAGUCUGGCAGCGCCUCCACAUGAUCGCAUCAGCUUCAACUUUGGCUGUGAGCAAGAGGCCCAGCAGUGGGCCACCGUCAUGAUGACUUCACUGAGAGAAGCACACAGAGAAACGGUGGCAGAAAGUGGAUCAGCUACUCUAUUAUCCUCUACUGAAGGUGCAGACUUGAGUGGAGUUGUUUGUGUUUCAGCUGGAGCUGGUAAAGAUAACAACAGAGAGUGUCUCCGAUUCCAGAACACCUCAUCUUUACAGCAGUUAGAAGACGCAUGCAUCGAGCUGACCCAAGCCAUCGAGGGUGGUGACAUGAAGUUGGCCUCCGUCUUUGCUGCCGAGCUUUCCUGCCAAAAUGCUGCGCUGAAGAUCCAACCCUCUAUACGACAAUGUGAAGACACUGAAAUCAAUUUGGCUGUUGUAGUAGAGGAUUCUUCUACAUCAUGUUGCAUCACUAUGAAGGUUUCUCCUGUAAUGACUACUGCAGCUUUGAAACACCAGAUGUUUCUAGAGUAUGGCUUUCACCCAUGGGUGCAGCGCUGGGUGAUUGGCCAGUGCCUGUGCACUAACCAGCGUUCCCUGGCUUCAUAUGGCAUUCGUCAAGAUGGCGACACAGCUUUUUUGUACCUCUUGUCAGCUUGCCACGCUCACCUGACUCGCCAACUCCUCCAACAGGACCAGGAGAGUGCACUCCUCCACAAUUCUUUUCCAUGUGCAUCCUUUCUCCAUCACCCCUCUCAUAAUAGUAUCGCAUCUCAAGAAGAGAAACUUUAUAAAACCUUGCCAGCUAGAUUAAAUUGCAGCAACGCUGGGUUCCAGAACGGAAACCUCAGUGAGCUAAAAGUCAAUGUCCCCAGUGUCGAGUUGCCUCAACUAGAUGAAGAAUCCGGCAUAAACACACCUUCCUUUCAGGGUUGGCCGUGUCCUUCUUGUACUUACAUCAACAAACCAUUGCGGCCCGGCUGUGAGAUCUGCAGUACCAACCGCCCUGUGACCUACAUUGUUCCGGGCGGAUACCAGCCCGACUCGCUGGAACUCAGGCGGCUCCAGCAGGAGAAGGAUGCCAUUAUACAGUACCAGCAGGCAAGGGAAGAGGAGCGCCAGCAGAAUUUUGCCCAGCUGGUGAUGAUGGACGGCCAGGACUUAGUGCCGAAUCCCGAGCCUUUGGACUGCAGAAUCUGCUAUGUAGAGCUAAAGGCAGGAGAGGGCGCCAUGCUCAGGGAGUGUCUCCAUUGCUUCUGCAAAGAAUGCUUGCGCUCAGUCAUUAUGCUGAGUGAGGAGCCGGAAGUGUCCUGUCCUUACAGAGAUGACACGUAUGCCUGUACAUGCUCCUUGCAGGAGAGGGAGAUCAAAGCUUUGGUUACACCGGAGGAGUAUCAACGCUGGCUGCAGAGAAGUCUGUCCGUGGCAGAGUCCCAAUGUCAGGGCAGCUACCACUGUGCCACUGCAGACUGCCCCGGCUGGUGUGUGUACGAGGACACGGUCAAUGUGUAUCACUGCCCCGUCUGCACGAAGCAAAACUGCCUCAUUUGCAAGGCUAUUCACGAUGGAAUGAACUGUAAGCAGUACCAGGAUGAUCUUGCAGCCCGCGCUAUCAACGACUCUGCUGCACGGAGGACAACUCAUCUACUUCAGACUCUGGUGCAAUCUGGGGAGGCGAUGCACUGUCCCCAGUGCGGCAUCAUUGUGCAAAAGAGGGACGGAUGUGAUUGGGUGCGCUGCACUGUCUGUCACACAGAAAUCUGCUGGGUCACCAGAGGGCAUCGCUGGGGUCCAAAGGGUCCUGGCGACACCAGUGGAGGAUGUCGCUGUAAUGUCAACCGUCAAAAAUGCCAUCCAAAAUGUCAAAACUGUCACUGAGUCGUUCAAGAGUCGUCUCGUGUGGAAAUGAUUGAGCCGAGAAACCAAACAUUGUCUUGCGAAGUACAAGAAGAACAAUUUAGCCAAAAACUGACUUUAAAAGGUUGGAACAUAAAAUGCAUACUUUUUCUUGACUGUUUCUAAAUAUCACCGUCAAGCUUUUUGACACAAUCAUAAUAGCAUAUUCAAAGAAAUUCUCAUCGAUAACAGUAAAAAAAAUAUAUCAGAAUGAUGACAUAAUAGUAACUCUUGCAUGUGGUGCCUUUGAAAAUGAUUUCGCCUGCAAAUGUAGCCUUUCAGGGGUGUGUGACGUUGACAUACUGUACCAAAAUGCAAUACAUUACACCAAAGUGGCCUUUUACUUGUGCACAAACUCUCAAUCAGGGUUUUCAUCCUUGUGCCCGUGCAAUUAUUUUUUUUUCUCAGAACUUUAGUCUUUUUUUUAGUUCUUAUAAGCAUGUCUGCUUUGUUCCAUAAUUCGAUUUUCUGCCUGCAGAAUGAAAACUGUUUGAACGUCUGUUUGAUGUACUUUAGCAGCUGACGAAGAAGCAGAAUAAGUUUUGUAUUGAUUACUAGUGUAAAAUUAAUAGGGAAACUUGUCACCUGUAAACCCGUGUUGUAUAAGCUAAUGAUCCCUUCCUGCCAUCAAUCCACUGUUUGCUUCAAAUGCAUGGUGUUAACUUAAUGAUGUGAACAGUAGGUACUCUCAAGAAGAUCCCUAUUUUAAAAAAGUCCUCCCCCUAAAUAGGGUACCUCCUUAAAAAGAUGACUAUCCUGCACUGACAAGCCAUACAAAAUACUGCACUGUCUUAAUAUGUAAUCAAAUGUCAUCAGUGUGUGGUGUCUGGUGUGCCUUAAUUCUCAUUAAAUACCCUUUAAACAAUGA